AUGCGGCAUCUCACAACCAAGCAUCAAAAAGAAGCUGAUAAGCCGUUGGAUUUCCUUGAACGAAAGUUGAAAACUCUUAGCCAGCAGCAAAAUACUAUGAUUACGACAUCCAGUGUCAACGAGUCAGCAUUAUUAGCUAGCUACAAAGUCGCAUAUCGAGUUGCUAAAACAGGGAAACCACAUACAAUUGCGGAAAAUCUUAUUUUGCCAGCAGCUCUUGAUAUGGUUGAAAUUAUGGUCAGUAAGCAGGAGGCAAACAAGUUAAAAAACAUACCACUUUCUGACAAUACUAUAUCACGCAGAAUAAACGAUAUGGCCAAUGAUAUUCAAGAACAAGUAGUCGAAAAAUUAAAAAAGUCAACAUUUUGCUUUGCAGUUCGACGAAUCUACAGAUUUUUCAAUUGUGCUCAGUUUGUAGUAUUUGUGCGCUUUGAAGCAGAUGACAGUAUCACGGAAGAAAUGUUAUUUUGCAAAGCACUUGCUGCAAACACUACUGGCGAGUGUUUGUACGAUAUGAUUUUAGAAAGCACUUGCGACUACGAUAUUUAUUGUUAA